GCGGUGACGGUGCCCCGGACAGGGAGUGCGCUGCGCUGGUUCACCACAGCGGUCCUGUAUGCCGCCUUCCUGGGGAUGGGAAUGACUGUUGCUAUACUGGGACCUACGUUUCAAGAUUUGGCAAGAAAUGUGAACCAAAAUAUGAGCAGUCUUUCUCAAAUAUUUGUGGGUCGUGCUUUGGGAUAUUUGGGUGGCUCUGUGAUUGGUGGAAUUCUUUUUGAUUGUAUAAGUCACUUUUUACUUUUGGGGGUGUCACUAUUGGCUACCACACUUGGUCUUUAUCUCAUUCCCUUUUGCAAGAGAGCAGUAUUACUGAAUGUCAUGAUGUCUGUCUUUGGUGUUUCAUUUGGCACUAUGGAUACAGGUGUGAAUGUCCUUAUCUUGGCUCUAUGGGGGGACAAAGGAGCCCCACAUAUGCAGGCCCUGCACUUCAGUUUUGCCUUGGGUGCCUUUUUGGCUCCUCUUCUGGCAAAAUUGGCCUUGGGAACAACACUGUCCACGGAAAACCACACAGAGCCUGACCUUCACCCUCCAGCCCUCAGCCAAUCACCUGAAGCAAACCCAGGCCCUCUGUUUGCAGCACCUGAUGACUUGAACUUACUGUGGGCUUAUGCUUCUGUCGGCAUGUACAUUUUUGUAGUUUCUGUCUUCCUGUUUGCUCUGUUUUUUAAGACACAGUCAAAGCAUGAAAACCCAACAGCAUCUGCUCAGGUAUCUCGAAGAGCUAAAUAUCACAAGGCCCUGCUCUGUCUCCUUUUUAUGUUCUUCUUUUUUUAUGUUGGAGCUGAGAUAACCUACGGCUCUUACAUUUUCUCAUUUGCAACCACCCAUGUUGGCAUGGAAGAAAGUGAAGCAGCUGGGUUGAACUCCAUCUUCUGGGGGACCUUUGCAGCCUGCAGGGGCCUAGCAAUCUUCUUUGCUACAUGUUUACAGCCUGGAACCAUGAUUGUGUUGAGCAACAUUGGCAGCCUGGUCUCAUCUUUAUUUCUGGUGCUUUUUAACAAGAGCCCACUUUGUCUCUGGAUAGCAACUUCAGUGUAUGGGGCCUCAAUGGCCACCACCUUUCCCAGUGGUAUUUCUUGGCUUGAGCAGUACACAAACAUAAGUGGGAAAUCUGCAGCUUUUUUUGUCAUUGGUGGUGCUCUUGGAGAAAUGGCUAUUCCUGCAGUAAUUGGAAUUCUUCAAGGACAUUACCCAGGUUUGCCAGUAGUUCUGUACACCUGUUUGGGGUCAGCAAUAUUCACUACUAUAUUGUUUCCUGUGAUGUAUAAAUUAGCCACCUUGCCUCUGGAUCUUCAGCAGAAAGAAAACAGAUGUGAAGACCAGAAAGGUUUGCCCUCUAGUUCUGAGCUAUAAGGAAGAGAAUGAAGGGAAAGAUGUAGAAGAAUAAAAUGAGAUGGAUUUGAAGUGAUUGAAGAAAAUUAUACAGUUAGGCUUUCUUUAACACAGACUUGUAGAAAUAUUUUGGUGGAGCCUAUAGCUGAAGUAUUCAGCAGUUCAUCUCAGAUUUGAUGAAAUUUGAGUCUUCUCUAGUUAUUACUGGUAAUUUCCCUGUGAAUCACCUUGUCAGAAACCGGGACACAAUGUACUACUUUCUGAUUUCAUUGAUUAAUUGCCAUUUCUAAGAAGCCAUUCAGAGCUGAGGAUUUAGUAGAUUUUCAGCAUACUCCGAGGAUCAGAUUUCUAGAUGAAAUACAGAUUGCUUCCACUUUUCCACUAUCAUGCAAAAUAUGUGAACAUAAGUAUACAAAUAACUUUUCUAUACUGUUUUCAAUUCUUUUGGAGUAUAUGCACAUAAGCAUGUCAUGUGAUAAAUCUUUAAUGUAUUUUUAUUAUCCAACUUUAUUAUUGUGAGUUAGUCCUAGUUUAUCCAUAACAUACCAACUAUAGGAAAAGGCUAGAGAAGCACAUAGUUUUUAAAAAUAUUGUUUCAAACUAGGUAGGCAUAUGGCCCUUUACAGCUUACUCAGUAUCACCCACACAAUGAGGAAAUGAACUCAAAGAUAGCUUAUAUCAGGCAUCUACCUCAGACUUUUCUUACUUCUGCUUCUAGUUUUUGGUCUGUGAUAGGUCUCCCACUACCUCAGCAGCUAUUAUGUAUAGUAGCUGCCCUCUUCCUAUGGUGCCUUGCCCCUUCCCCUGUGUGACGUCAUGCCAAGAUGGCUGCUCCCACCAAAGAACAAACCCUUCUUCCCAGCAUGCCCCUGGUCCCACCUAGA